CUAUCAUCUCUUUUUAGUGUUGUGUUAGAUAUGAGUCAAUAUCUGAUCAUAUUAUCUUUCCUCGUUUCUGUUCUCGAGGGUGUGGAGUCUGAGGUCAUCACUGUGCAAGAGGGACAAGAUGCCAACAUCAAAUGUUCUCAUGCAGUGGCACAUGACAAUGUUAAAUACUUCUGCAGACAUCCAUGUAGAGAUGAAGAUGUCCUUAUCACAUCUAAGGACCAGUAUGACUCUCAACCAAGAAUUUCACUGGUUGACCAUGGGACUGGGAAGUUUGAUGUCACCAUCUCUAAAGUGACGUCUACAGAUGCCGGGACAUACUACUGUGGAGUUGACCGCUACAUCAAAGACACGUUUGAAAAAGUCAUUUUACACGUGAUUUGUGCCCAAACCACACAGCCAUCUGUUACACAGCCUGGGCCAAGCACGGACUCUGAUGAAGAAGACAAAGAAGAUGAUGCCAGUGAGAAGAACAACACGGACAAUUCAGACUUUUCUCCUCGGACAAAAUCAGGGCCAGUACCAAAGGACACAUCCGACCAAGCUCAGACAGAACCAAGUGGUCUUGUGUACAUCGGUGCUGGUCUGGCUGUGGUGGUGUUUGCGUUGGUCCUCAGCCUCUUCAUGUUCUACAAACGGAAGACCAGAGGCAGGAAGACAUCAGCUCCCUCUGCUGGACACACACCAAACACUGGCUUAGGAAAUAAUCACCAGGUCCAGUGUGACUAUGCUGAGGUCACAAUCAGCCCUGGUAACCCCGCCUCCAGUCACAGCACAGACCCAUCAGUCCCGCCACUGUCCAAUCAGAAUCCAGACUCAGUAGACUACUCCACAGUCUGCUUUGACCGAGACGAGGCGUCUCUCCAGUACGCCACUGUGAGAUUCACUGACCCACCAGCAGGGGGCGACAAAAAAGGAAGUACCCUCGGGUCAGUGAUCUACUCCACCAUCAACCUCUAGAUACAAAGGCAACAUGAAUGUUUGGUUGUGAUGCUAUUUUGCCAACCCACUUGUUUUUCAUUGUAACAUUGUUGGGCUGUUGUGGCGGAUGUGUCGUGGCUCUCCUGUAUCCAGCACAGUGAGAUUCACUGAUCCACCAGCAGGGGGAGACAAACAGAACCAGA